AACAAGAUCAUCAUUCUACUAUGAUUCUAGCACUUCUCUUUUUUUUUUUCUUAGCAAAAUGACUUAAUAACAAUUUAUAUUAUCAUGAGAUAGUGUCUACAUAUAAAAAUGGGAUACUAAAAGCAAACAAGAGAGAGACCAAAAGGAGAAAAAGAAAUGGCUCCUUCUUCUUCAUCUUCUCCUUCCAAAUCUCCUGUUCUAUCUCUUCACAAAGCCCUCCACUUCACUCCUAUUCCGGAAUGCGAAGAAGAGGAUCUCCACGAAGAACGAUACAAAAACAGAGCAACACCAAGCAGCAAUGGUGGUUCUUCCACCACUCCAAACCACCACCACCAACACACUCCAACGCCUCUCCACCACAAAGGAAAACCCAAAAACAAAAAACGACAUGACGACAACGACGACGAAGACAGAGGCUCCGUCUCAUGCAACAACUGUCGUCCUCACCAUUCUCACCGCGAAAAAUUCUCCGUCGUGCCUCUCGAAACCCACAACAACCAUUCCUUCAUCUCAAGCCCCAACCUCAUAAUCAAAUCAAUCUUUCAAUCCCUCACACGUAAAAGCCCCAAACUCUCUUCCGCAGCGUCAUCUCUUCCACCGCGCUCUUCCUCCUCCUCCUCCGCCGCCGCCGCCGCCGAGGCUUCCAGAGAAGAGCAGUGGCGGUUAGCCGUGGCGGAGCUUUCUCAUAAACUAAUACAAACCACGAAGAAGAAAGAAGACGCUGUCACAGAAGCUUCAAAGUUGAAAACUUCCAUGACAGAGCUCGAGAAGAAGCUCAACAAGCUCGAGGUUUACUGCCACAACCUCAAGUCAGGUCUCGACGAGUGUAGUAGCAAAAAUAAGAAACAGAGUGCUCUGUUUAACAACAUGGAAAAACAGAGUGCUCUGUUUAACGACAAGGAAAAACAGAGUGCUCUGUUUAACGACAAGGAAAAACAGAGUGUUCUGUUUAACGACAAGGAAAAACAGAGUGUUCUGUUUCAAAAAGACGGAUUCAACGACAAGAUCAUCCGGCAGUUCCUAGUCUCAGUGUCGGAAUCUCGAACUUCGAUAAGGGCUUUAAGCAGAGCUUUGGCCUCGCAGCUACGAACCGUCGGCGGGAAAGUAUACGAGCGGCUCUCUCUCCUACUCCAACAUUUCGACGUAAAGGUCAACUCUUUCGCGAAAAACCCGAAGAGCUUGAUCCUUUACCUCGAAGCGAUUCUGAGCAGAGCCUUCUUCGAGGACUUCGAAGCUUCCGGGUUUCAGAAAAACGGGUCGACCCGGAUUCUGAACCCGGUUGAUCGUUGCGAGUCCAAUUACGCUUUGUUCGAAGUCUUGAAGGAGCUGACGUGGGAGGAGGUUUUGAGCAGAGGAACGAAGCAUUUCUCAGAGGAGUUUAGCAUGUUCUGUGACAGGAAAAUGAGCGACGUCGUUUCGAUGCUUUGUUGGAACAGAGCCUGGCCUGAACCGCUUUUACAGGCGUUUUUUGGUGCGUCGAAGAGUGUUUGGUUGGUUCAUCUAUUAGCUAACUCGAUGAACCCGGGUUUCCAAAUCUUUCGUGUGGAGAAAAAUGACCGGUUUGAUCCGGUUUACAUGGAGGAAACUGGCGGGGAGAGGUUUAAGGAUCUGGUUCGAGCUAUGGUUCAACCUGGAUUUUAUGUGCAUGGUAGUGUGGUUAAGUGCAAGGUGGUUUGCAAGCAUUACAGCACCGUUGAAGAAGAAAUAGUCGAAAACGGUGUGGUAAAGGAAUGUAAUAAAAACGAGAAGAGUUUUGAUUAG